AAUCUAUGUUUUAUUGUUAUUCUGAGUCAACUCCUGAGCUUCCCAAAAAGGCAAUGGUUACGGCUCCCUGUCGCUGAGCGCAAAAAAAACUUGUAGGGGUCAAAUUUUCUCUUUUUCCCAGAGUUUGCCACCGGGCUCAACAACCACCAACACAACAACAACAACAAGCACUACCACAAGAGAGCAUUUACAAAGGGGGCCCACCAACAACCACGUCACUUCCUGCUGAGCAGCACUCCCAUAUACAAAUCCAUCUACAGAGUGACAAUCGGCUGGCUUGUUCCAAUCAACUAGAGAGAGAGGCUUCCACAAUCAAAAUCCACAAAAACCCAAGGUUGAAUUUUUGCUUGUCACGUCGUCGGCCGUCGCUUUUUUUUUGUCGCUGGAGUUUCGCAAUUUUUUUUCGUCAAGUGGCUGAAAUGAGAAAUGGUUGCGCCACUACCUUCUUCUGCUGGUAAUCGGUUUCGUCAAAGAAAGAUCUCAACUAAGCAGACCCUUCAGAUAUUCAAACAGUCAAAAGUAUCUGAUAUAGACAAUGAGGACUUGCAACAAAGAGAUCUGCAAGAAAUAGAGACCGGUGUUGAGAAAAAUGAAGAAGAUGAGGUGCAUUUGCAAAAGAUUUUGAAAAAUACUGGUAUCACUUCAACUGCCGAAGCUUAUAUUCCAACCCCAGAUGCAUCUAAGUUAUGGGAAGAAGCUUCAAAAUAUUAUACUGGUCAAUUUCAACAACCUGAGUCUUAUAUUAAAUCAUCAUGUCAAGUGGAGGAUUAUUCAGGUUGUUUGUAUAAUAUGGAUGAAGAGGAUGAUGAAUUUUUAUCAAAAUUGAACAAAAAAUUAAUUUCCAAGAAAAUUGAACCUUUAAGUGAUGAUGAAUUUGAAACAAUCUUUUAUAAUUUUGAGAAAGUGAUAUCUGAUAAACAACCUUUUUUGGUUACUGAUCCUUCACAAGUAUUACCUCUUGAUGAAAUCAAAAUGGCUAUUGUUAAAUUUGAUAAAUCUUCAGUGGAGAAUAUCAAUAAAUCACUAUCAAGUGAAUUACAAGUCCAUCCAUUUGUUACAUUAUUUGAUGCCAAAUUACCCAACAAACCAAGAACUUUGGAAGUUUUAGUUGAAAAAUAUGGUGAAGAUGUUUAUGAACAUUUCAAAGAAAGGAAAAUACAAAGAGGUGGGAAAUCUGUAACUCCAAUCUUGAAAUUUAAUGGUGAAGAUGAUUCUGAUGCAUAUGUUUGUUUCAGACAAAGACAAUUUAGACAACAAAGAAAAACUAGAAGAGCUGAUACUCAAAGUUCUGAGAAAUUGAUCAAAUUGUACCAAGAAUUGAAGAAUACAAGAGAAUUAGUGUUUUUAGUUGCUCAAAGGGAACUGAAAAGAUUAGAAGCUUUACAAACUGAACGCGAAAUAUUUGAAUUGAGAUGUAAAGUUAAGAACUAUAAGCGUGAUUUAGGUAUUACAGAUAGUGAUGAAGAUUUAGUUGCUCAUAAGAAGAGAAAACCAGCUCCUCCACCACCUAGUGAAGCUACAAAAGAAGAACUUAAUAGAAAAGACAAGAAAGGUUUAUCUAAAAUUGGUAAUAAUGCAAAUACCAUGGAAAAAUCAAAACCUGGUCAAGAUCUGACUGGUUCAGAUCCAAGCCAACAACAAUUUCAAGCUUAUGUUAAAUUACCACCUUCCAAGAUUCCUGAUAUGGAAUUGGAAACUGUUCAACAUUUGUUAAAGAACAAAGACGUUAGUGUUCAAAAAUUUGUUGAAGAGAAACUGAAAAAAAGAAAACAAACCGAUGUUGGUUUUACAAAUUUCACUGAUGAUGUUUAUAAUCCAUUUUUUGAUCUUACACUUUCAACCAAAGACAUUAUUGAUUCUUCACACACUCCAUAUUCUUCAAUUACUUCAUCUUUUUAUGAUGUUCAAAGUCUUGGUUACAUUCCAGGUAUCGAUAAAUACAUUGAAAAUGGUACUACACCUAAUGAUCAUGAUUCCUUUGAAUUUAACCUUGAGUCUGGUUCAAGAUUCAAAAGACCUCAACAAUCAAAAUUCGUUCCAGAACGUUUCAAUCCAUUUUUCCAACAAUCUGUUAAUACAAGUGAUCCAGCUUUCACUUUAAGAAAAAGAAUUGGUAGAUAUGGUCAAGUUUAUAUUGAUAGAAAAUCAAUGGUGAAAAAACCUGAACAAAUUGAAGAAGAUGAAGAUAAUGAGCAAGAUGUUGAAAUGUUGGAUGCAAAAGAAAGAUUUGAAGAUCGUUGGAAAUAUGAUUGUGAUCUAAGCUUAAUGGAUCUCAAUGAUAAUGAACCAUUCAGUGAUGAUCCUUCAAGAUUAAACUCUAUUUCGAAUGAUACUCAAGUCAUUAGAUUUGGUGGUAUGCUUUUAUCAAAAGCUUAUGAAACAUUGAAGGAGGCAAUUAUGCAGCAAAGACAUCAACUUUACCUACAACAAUUGCAAAGGAUGCAACAUCAAGCUCAAAAGAAUCAACAAGCUCAACAAAAUCAAGGCCAACAACCAAAACAAGGAACUCCAAAUGGUUCUUUAAAUAAUAAACAACAUACACCACAGUCACAACAACAACCACGUUCCAAUUCUGUAAAUAGCCAUGGACAAAUGAGAUCACAACAGUCACCUCCAUCAAAUACACCACCAGCCAUCAAUAACAAGUUUAAAAAUAACCCCACUCCAAUCAAGAGUGAACAUUGAUAUUGAUUGAUGAUCUCCAAAUAAAAUACAACAAAGAGAAAUACCUGUACAUUAAGCACAAAAAGGAGAGAAAAAAAAGGAUAAUAAUGAUAAUAGUUUGUAUUAUAAAGUCAUUU